AACAGAUCAGCACAGUGGGUUAGAGAGCGACUGCAGUCAAGUGCACUUCCGAAAUUCUGAUUACUGUGGGAGAUAGGAAGUAUGCUAACUAUUUGACCGUUAGCUCAAGGGCCUCUGAACUUGUGGCUGCCUGGAUCUUGGCACUGGGAACGUUCAUCUCAAGCGACCGGCCUUAUACCUCGUGCCUGUAUUUUCAUUGCAAUAAUUCAAGGGAGUCAGCCCGGAAGGUUUAAAUCUGUGUGUGCUAAACCUGAGUAGAUUCCGUCUGGGCGAGUGAGCACGCCAUUGCAAUGCUGCACUGAACAAGGUCGUGACUGCCUCUGAAUUGCCGCACGCUGCCAAAGAUACCGCUUGCCCUCAGAUCCGAUUGAAGAUUGAAGAAGUGGGUGUGUUCCCAGUUCUUUUCCCCUCCCAGUUAAGCUGAGAAAGACACAUGCACUGAACACACCGUGAGCUGUCAGUGAGAGAGAAAGAGAGAAAGAGAGAGAGAGAGAGAGAAAGAGUGCAUGACUGGAACAGAACAGCCAAUAUUCCAGAGAGCCAGAGAGUGAGCGGGAGGCAGAGCGCCUGUCUAAAAGUCUUCGUGACAGAGCCAAGAGGAACAGAGAAACCACUGUAGGACAGACAGCAAAGGGGAACUUGGCUGCCGUUUAGUGCUAUGUGUCUGUAGCGGUUGAAGCUGGUGCUGUGUUCAGAGCGAGCUGGUGACAGCUUCCAACCGUGAGCCAGUGACCCCUUCACAUCCGAAGAGAUUAAUUACGAGAACAAGAGUUGGAACUUUUGUUCUUGACCUGUUGGGUCGUAAGUCUCAAUCUUCAGACUGAGGCAGUGAUAAGGGACGUUUAAGACUCGUUCCAUCAAGUAAAAGCUUCUUGGCGAAGAAAAAAAAAGGAAAAAGGGAUUGGGGUGAACGCUGUUCACGGAGAUUGCGAAUCCGACUUGAAACAAGGAUGGCGUGGAUUAACAAGGAUGACCGUUUGCCCCAGAGAGCCGGUGGACGCGGGCUAACCAUUGGAGUGUGUAGGCUGAGCACCUUUCUGCAGUUCCUGCUCCUGUCGGUGUGCGGAGAGAGGCUGAGCGGGUGGAGAUCCUCAGAGCCACGACUGAAGCUCACCUACUCAGACUUGGUGUUAAACAAGCGGAUCAUCCCACUUGCUUUCAACGCUUCCAAUUUGCACUCCAUGAUCCUUGACGAGGAUGGGCGGAGACUGUACGCAAGUGCAAAGGACUACAUUCUGACCUGCAACUUGGACAACAUCUCACAGGGAGUGAAGAAGCUCUAUUGGCCGGCUCUUUCGGAGAGGAUAGAGCAGUGCAAAAUGGCUGGAAAAAACCUCAAUCUCGAUUGUGCCAACUUCCUGCGGGUCCUUCACUUUUACAACCAAACUCAUCUGUACGUGUGUGGGACAGGAGCUUUUCACCCACGCUGUGCGUACAUCGACACUUCCAUUUUCAGCAGGGACGAACAGCUGGUGCUACAUCAGGAACAGACUGAAUGUGGCAAGGGGAAGUGUCCGUAUGACCCUCAGCAACGAAUAGCCUCGGCAAUGAUCGACGGAGAGCUGUACGCUGGAAUAUCCUCAGACUUCAUGAGUCGGGACGUGGCAUUCUUUCGCAGUCUGGGACGUCGCCAUGUGAUCCGCACUGAGCAGUACGACUCCAAGUGGCUUCAAGACCCGAGGUUUGUGAAGGUUCACGCAAACGCGGAGAGCAACAAUGAGGAGGACGACAAGGUGUAUCUGUUCUUCACUGAGCGUGCACAAGAGGCAGACGGUGGGAAUGGGAAGGUGAUUUACUCGCGAGUGGCUCGGGUUUGCAAGAAUGAUAUUGGUGGUCAGCGAAGUCUCGUUAACAAAUGGAGCACCUUCCUGAAGGCACGUCUUGUUUGUUCCAUUCAAAGCUCGGAGGGCAUUCAAACACAUUUUGAUGAACUGCAGGAUAUCUUUGUGCUCCGUGGAAGAGACGAGAAGAAUCCACGAAUCUUUGGAGUUUUCACCACAUCCAGCAAUAUUCUCAAUGGCUCCGCCGUGUGCGUCUACCAGAUGGAAGACAUAGUGAUGGCUUUCAAGGGGCAGUUUUCGCACAAAGAGGGGCCGGACUACAAGUGGGUGCCGUACCCUGGACGUGUACCUUUCCCUCGCCCUGGAACGUGUCCAAGCAGCACCUACGGGAAUUACAGGUCCACACGGCAAUACCCAGACGAGGCAAUUUUCUUUAUUCGCACGCACCCCCUGAUGCACCACUCCGUCUACCCCAUCAAUCAGCAGCCGGUGCUGGUAAGAGUCGGCGUGGACUACAAGUUCACCCGGAUCGUCGUGGAUCGAGCUGAGGCAGUGGACGGACAAUAUGACGUGAUGUUCGUAGGAACAGACACUGGGGUGGUCCUGAAAUCUAUCUAUGUUUCUAAACCGAACCAACAAGUGGAACAGAUUAUUCUCGAAGAGCUGGAAAUAUUCCAGGACAAAUCCCCCAUUACUUCAAUGAACCUAUCCAGAAAGCGGCACUGGCUCUACCUUGGCUCUAAGAGUGGCUUGGCGCAGGUCUCGUUCUACCAGUGUGACCUGUACGGUAAAGGUUGCGCUGAGUGCUGCCUUGCCAGGGAUCCCUACUGCACCUGGAAUGGGAAGUCCUGCAGCAGAUACGUGCAAACUACUCAUAGAAGACACGCUCGAGAGGUCAGUCGGAAUGGAGACCCUUUGACCCAGUGCUUCGACCAGGGAGGGGUCACGCAUACAGGGGCCGAGGAGAAGGUGGUAUUUGUCAUCGAGGGAAACGCCACAUAUUUGGAAUGCCUCCCCAAAUCCCGGCAUGUGACAGUUAGGUGGCUGUUAGAGUCGAAUGACGGGAGGCUUCAGGAGGUUACGUUGGGGGAUCAGAUUAUUCCUAUAGAACAAGGCUUGCUCAUUCGGCAAAUAGAUCGUCGAGAUGCCGGUGUGUACCACUGCGAAAUCGAGGACCACGGUUUCCGUUGGACUUUGGUGAAAGUGCAACUACUUGUGGUCAGCGCUAAUCAACUUGGGAACUUGUACGAAGGGGAUAUCCGGGCGGGUGGUCCCAUUAAAGAACGUUCCCUUCCGAAUGUCACCCGUGGCGUUCACCCCUGGUACAAAGACAUAAUGGCUCUCAUCAACUACCCUUCCAAGAUGGACUUCUACUGCGAGAGGGUGUGGCAGAGAGACUUAAAGAAGAAACGGAACAAACUGAGGCUCAACAAGAAUCACCGCAAUGCGGAGUCCAAUGGGAGGAAGAGAAUGUUAGGAGGAGGAGGAGGAGGAGGAGGAGGCAGGAGGAACAAGAACAAAGACCAUUCCAAAUACGUGCGAUCUCCCCGCAGCAUCCAGUAACAAAGCGGCACACGUCACUCCUGGAAAAAACACGUUCAGAAAAGAAAAGAAGCUCUUACAAGGCUCUCCCCAACGUCAUUCUUUGCUGAAACUUUGAUCUUCGAUAAAAGACAAAGAAACUUUUAUCGAGUGAGAUCCGGAAGCCAUUGCAAACAAAAAAAAGGCAAUAAGUCUUGUAAUUGCUAAGAGUAGGUACGUAGUUUAUCUAAAUGCCAUCCCUCUUACACUUGAAUUAAUUUCCAGUUAGUCCAUGUUUGAAACCCACCGGAUUUUAAGACUCAUUGGAUGUUUUUAUUGAAAAUCAUGCCUCGUUUUCUUAUUAAGUCUUCAAGAUCAAUGUACUCGUAGAUUGAAACAAAGCAAUGACAUGGGUAUAGAAGAACUCUGGGCACUUAGCUGCGGUUGGGUUGGGAAAGUCACUAUUUAAACGUUUCAUGGUUUCAUAGAAUUUUAUUGGAUUGUAAGCCCAAUGUAAAAAAUACCAAUUUCUCUAUCAACGCUGUAUUUAUGGACCUCGCAUUGUCAUACUGUUAUAGAACACAUUCAUCAGAUUCAGCUGCUUACAACUAGCCAACUCCCAAAGCACCAACCCUAAUUGUUUUAUAUGUUUCCUUGCAAGUUGUUUAAUGUGCCCUAAUUUUCGAUGGAUUCAGUGAAACUCAUUUUUGAAAAUACCACCAAUUGAUCUCCCGACCCUCCUGUUCAUUUUCGGAAGAGGUCAAUGGUUUCUGUUUUUUUUUUAUUCAUUCAGUGCUCUUUUGAAGUCAAAAUAACUUCCACCCAAAUCUAUCAUCAGGGGAGCAAAGACCCACAAUGGCAGAACAAGUUUGUACAAGGAGAGAGGGAGGGGGGGGGGGCGGGGAGAAAAAAACCUGCAUGACCACAAAACUAGAUUUAUCCUAGAAAACAUUCGGUGAGAAAAGUGGCAAAAUAGUCAUCAUUCACCAGCACGGACACCUUUGCCUUGAUGAACACAACGCAUGUCACCACAAUGUUUUUUUAAAAUAUAUUUGAAGGGGAAAAUAAUCUUUUGAGCCACACGUUCAGAUGUGCGUGGUGUUUAGUUUAGUUAGUUUUUAACCGAUCCUUCUUGGCGGGUAGAGGGGAGGGGAGGUAAGCAGUGUUUCUGUGAGGUUGAGCUGGUUCCAAGGUGACGUGCUUGACCACGGGAUAUCUGAGUUGAGUCAAUCUUCUGCGGUAUUCUGAGUAGCCCAGUUCCUGAGCCAGGAACUGUAGUCCAAGGUUCUGCUAUUGACAGACCAGCCAGCUUGGCUCAUAACCCAGACUCGGAGGAGCAGAUUAGUCAAUAACUGCAGUGGUUCUUUCCACUCAGCUUCUGUUCACCACACAAACCAAAGCCCUAAUGGCUAAGGUGGUCUCCGCCCGCUGGAGUAGAGGAGGGAAACUUUCCAGACUAUGUUCACAACAGCAAGCUGGUUUAACUCCAGCAAUACUCCACAAAAAUUAUUGUUAUUAUUAACACCCCGACACACACUCU